AUGCCAACUAUUGAAGUAAAAACAAACGUAAAGGUGAAUAAUACAGACGAAUUCUUCUGUAACGUUACCGAAGCGAGCGUAAAAAUUCUUAACAAACCCAAAGAGUUUAUACAAAUCAUUCUCGAGGAUGAGGUGCCCAUGAUGUUUGCUGGAACGACGGCUCCCACGUACAUGAUUAGAAUCCAUUCGAGAAACGGGUUUUCUGAUUUAUUAAACAACCAAGAAAUGUCAAAAAAAUUUGCGGAUGUUUUCAAAAAGGAGUUAGGUGUGGAAUCUACCCGAG